AUGGGCACUGGGAAGUUCACGGGCUUGUGUCAGCCUCUUGGCUAUCCCAUGCCAGUACCAAAGCAGCAGCGGAGUGACCAGCUGCCCACAGAGGCCCCUGAGGACAUGGUUCUGCCAUCUGCAGCCCACACAUUAGAGGCUCUCUGGCUUGGUUGGUUACAGCCAUUUGUGUUUCUCUCUUCAGAUGAUUCUGGGGACGACGACGAAGAGCCUGCUGCCCCAGCUGACAACAGUGAUCUCUACCAUACUCUUAAGACCCUCUCACUGAAGCUAGAUGACCUCAGUACGUGCAAUGACCUCAUUGCCAAGCAUGGCGCUGCCCUCCAGCGCUCCCUGAAUGAGCUGGACAGUCUUAAGAUCCCAUCAGAGAGUGGGGAGAAGCUGAAGGUUGUGAACGAGCGGGCCACCCUCUUCCGCAUCACAUCAAAUGCUAUGAUCAACGCCUGUAAGGACUUCCUGGAACUAGCGGAGAUUCACAGCCGGAAAUGGCAGCGGGCUCUGAAUUAUGAGCAGGAGCAACGCGUCCACCUGGAGGAAACCAUCGAGCAGUUGGCCAAGCAGCACAACAGUCUUGAACGGGCCUUCUGCAACACCCCUGGCGGGCCAGCCAGCUCCAGCAAGAGCUUCAGCGAGGGAAGCUUCUUGACUUCCAAAGGGGAGAACAGUGAAGAAGAUGAAGAUACUGAGUACUUUGACGCCAUGGAAGACUCCACAUCUUUCAUCACCGUAAUCACCGAGGCCAAGGAAGACAGAAAGCCUGAGGGUGAACCUGGGACGACCUCUGUGGACUGGACCUCAGCAGAUAAUGUAUUAGAUGGUGCCUCAUUCAUGCCCAAGGAUUCAUGCAAAGUGAAGAGGCGAGUCCGGAUCCCUGACAAACCCAACUAUAGCCUUAACCUCUGGAGCAUCAUGAAGAACUGCAUUGGCCGAGAGCUCUCCCGGAUCCCCAUGCCGGUGAACUUCAAUGAGCCCCUGUCCAUGCUCCAGCGACUUACAGAGGACCUCGAGUACCACCACCUGCUGGACAAGGCGGUGAACUGCACCAGCUCUGUGGAGCAGAUGUGCCUGGUGGCUGCCUUCUCAGUGUCCUCCUACUCCACCACCGUGCACCGCAUCGCCAAGCCCUUCAACCCGAUGCUGGGGGAGACCUUCGAGUUGGACCGCCUGGAGGACAUGGGCCUGCGUUCUCUCUGCGAGCAGGUGAGCCAUCACCCCCCAUCUGCUGCCCACCACGUGUUCUCUAAGCAUGGCUGGAGCCUCUGGCAGGAGAUCACCAUCGCCAGCAAGUUCCGGGGGAAAUACAUCUCCAUCAUGCCACUUGGUGCCAUCCACCUCGAAUUCCAGGCCAGUGGCAAUCACUACGUGUGGAGGAAGAGUACCUCCACCGUGCACAACAUCAUCGUGGGCAAGCUCUGGAUUGACCAGUCAGGGGACAUUGAGAUUGUGAACCACAAGACCAAGGACCGGUGCCAGCUGAAGUUCGUGCCCUACAGCUACUUCUCCAAAGAGGCAGCCCGAAAGGUGACUGGAGUGGUGAGCGACAGCCAGGGCAAGGCCCACUACGUGCUGUCAGGUUCCUGGGAUGAGCAGAUGGAGUGUUCUAAGAUUGUGCACAGCAGCCCCAGCUCUGAUGGGAAGCAGAAAACCGUGUACCAGACGCUGCCAGCCAAGCUGCUAUGGAGGAAAUACCCACUGCCGGAGAACGCGGAGAACAUGUACUAUUUCUCGGAGCUGGCCCUGACCCUCAACGAGCAGGAGGAGGGCGUGGCGCCCACCGACAGCCGCCUGCGGCCGGACCAGCGGCUGAUGGAGAGGGGCCGCUGGGACGAGGCCAACACCGAGAAGCAGCGCCUGGAGGAGAAGCAGCGCCUGAACCGGCGACGGCGGCUGGAGUCGUGCACGGCGGGCUGUGGCGGGGAGGAAGAGAAGGAGUCAGAUGGCUAUUCGCCGCUGUGGUUUGAGAAGAGGCUGGACCCGCUGACCGGGGAGAUGGCCUGCAUAUACAAGGGCGGCUACUGGGAGGCCAAGGAGAAGAAGGACUGGCACAUGUGCCCCAACAUCUUCUGAGCCACUCCUGCGGAAAAUACAGGCACCUGCACUGCC